AUGCAUAACAAUUAUCCAAGAAGUAGUUCUCACAAAUAAUUAAAAACUUUGCAAAGCCAGCUCUAAUCUACUCCAGUAUUAAAGUCUAUAGAAUAACUGAAGACUGAAGGAAUUCAAUACUAUUACCAUUAAGGAUAUGAAAGAAAGGCUCUGCAUAAAAUUUUUACACUUAAUACUAAAAAAAGACAUAUACAAAGAUAUAUAAAUCAACAAGUUUAUAAUGCCGACUUAAACGGAAUUUCCCUUAAGGCCAGCUAAAUGGACCGAUUUAAUUUGUAUUAAAAAGGCUUGACAGAGUACUUUAUCAUAAAUGAUAAUUUAGUGAAUUACUAGCAAAUUCUAAAAGUUACAGCAAUUUAUCUCGCUUGAAAAAAGGAGACUUUCAAACUAGCUCUACUGAAUAACUCUAUGGAUACAAAAACUCACAGCAUAGAGACAUACGUAUUACAUCAGGUUAGAGAAUUCCAUCCGUCUAAUAAGAGAAUUAUCAAAAUAAUCAGAAUCGAGUUUCUGUAUCAAAACACUAGGUUAGACCAAAAAGAGAAGAACAGUUAGUGUAGGCAAUAAGGAAAGACAAUUUAUUUACUAUCGUUUAUAAGUCUAACAUCUUUUCCAAUUGAUAUAUUUACUAUUUAAUAUUUUAUGAAUUUCAAGUUUAAAACAAUCAGAAGAACCAGAAAUGCCUUAAAUGCCUAAUAAAUAUAUUGGGAAAUAGUUAAAUUUAAAGAAAUAUUUUAGAGUGAAAACUAUUUUUGGAGAAGAGAAAAAAUCAGAUAUCAUUUUUCAUAGAACGCAAUUACCAAACAAAUAUCGCACUCAUGAUAUGAGCCUAUUUAUUGAACAACAUCAAGAAACACAGAACUCCUUCUAUUACAUUGCAAUUGGACUAUUUAGCUUUUCGACUAUGCAUUUCUAUGCAAAAAUGCUAUAUGAUGAUGAUACUAGAUAUUGGGUCAGCAUUUGAUUUCCAAAUC